CACUACUACUACUCCUAAACCCACUACUACUACCACUACUACUACUCCUAAACCCACUACUACUCCUACUACCACUACCACGAAAAAAACUACAACAACUACGACCACAACAACUACUACUGCUCCUCCUUCAACUACCAGAACAACCACAACUAAAAAGCCCACCAAGAGCCAUUCUAAAACAAGUCACCACACAGAAACAGAAGGUGAAUUGGACUUUUCCGAAAAGCAACCUGAACCUUUACGUCCUCCACCUAGAAAACAUGUGACACAGGCCCCAAGAGGGAAAGCAUUACUUGUAGACCGUGGUAGAGGUAGAGGAGGUCCAAACCCAGAUUCAGACUCGGUCAUAAACCUGUCUGUUACAGAAGCUCCUCAAUCCGUCACACAACCAAUGCAGCUAGAGGACAAGCAUGUGGGGAGGGAGAGAGAGAGAGUGAACCAGAAGAACAAUCCUGUUUGGACAAACAGACGAAGACCCCCUUACAGACGGGGCAGACCCCCACAGAGGCGGGUUCGACCUCAGAAACCCUCCCUCCCCUCAUCACACAAACCACAGACGACACUCCCUCAACCCGCAACAAGAGUGGAAAAACAAGAAUCUACUGCAUCGCAAAACGACAAUUCUAAAAUGGAGGACAAUAUUACAGAACACAUACCCACCAUUUCAACACAUGAUGACAAUGAGCCUGUUGAUCCGAUCAUUAAGCCCAGCACUGCUACAGACAAAUCAGAUAGCAUUCACAUAAAAUCAUUAACACCAGAGGUGAAAGACCCUAGUAUAGUUAACCCUUCAAACAGGGAGCAUGUGUCUGCACCAGAGACAAUCACCUCAGCAGAAAAUCUACCUCCCCCAACUGAGGUGCCUCAACAGGAGAGGACAUGGGAGAACUUAAAUAAACAGGAUGUUAUUAGACAGACUACCCAAAACAGGCAAACAUCCCCAAAGAUAACAACAACAACAAAGCCCACUCAUAUUAAUUAUGACAUUAAUUUAAAACCUAAUUUGUCACAUGAUAUGGUUGCUAUGGCAACACCCGUCCUGACUAAACUUGACGUUUCAGAUAAAGGAGCUGCAAAGCCAGAAACCCCUUUAACAAAAGUACAUUUUCUAAAUCCAAUUCCUAAAAAAUCACAAGAUAAGACACAAACACAUUUGAGAACCGUUGCAAAAGGCAGUGCUGCUCGGGAGGACAUUCUGAGGAACACACACAGAAACUCAUAUAAAAAGGAGGAGGAUCACUCUCAAAUGAAACCUGACAGUCCCAGUCUCCCCAUCCACCCCUGGAUCUACCAAAAGAACGUCCAAAUGAGAGUUCAAACCACCCCUCCACCCCGCGCUCCCACCCCCUAUUGGCCUUAUAGCCGCUUCCCAGUGUGGCCCUCAGUUCAUGGUUCAGGGCCACAUCCUGCCUUUACGGAGAGGCCCAUGCUUUUCCCCCACCCAGGGGGCCGGGGCGUUGGGGUCACCAAUCGACCAGAAAUCACAGCUGAGACUGUCAGGCCCACAGCGUUCAUCUCUGCUUCACCGGGCAGUGGCAUGGCAGCCCCGCUGACCUCCCACCCACCCCACAGGGGCCCAGGCCCAGCCAGCAGGACCCGACAGCAGGACCUCUUAAUGCUCUCCAAGCUCAGAAACAGAUACAGACAGGCUCAGCUGGACCGUAUUUCACAGCUAGGGAAGAGAGUGACAACUAAGCCCAAGAUCAGUCACCCUACACCUAGACCUCACUACCAGCCUCCCACUCCAUCAUACAACUACUGGCAUGUGCCCCCCACCACCUCCCUCCCCGUGCCCACCAACAGGCCCUACUCCACAGCCAGUGUCCUGUACGGCAGCCGCUGGCACUACAGCCACUGGGGCCCGAGGAGGCUGAGCACGGCCCUGCCAUUCCCCAAACUGAUGGGUAGUGGAGUGAAGCCUAGGAUCACCUCUGUGAACACAGUCAGUGUGUCUGCCCUGGCUGAGGGCGAUGUGCUGCUGCCCUGUGAAGCAUCAGGAGACCCACAGCCAACGCUCUCCUGGACUAAAGUCUCUACAGGUGCUACCGUCCAAGCCAACACAAAACACGGACAGAGAUUUGAAGUUGUAAAGAACGGCACCUUUGUGAUUAAAAACGUUCAGCUACAGGACAGAGGCCAGUACCUCUGCACGGCACAGAACACAUUUGGCUCGGACCGAAUGGUCAUUACCCUGGCUGUGCUGACCCAGCCUCCCAAAAUCAUAGGUCCCCACUCCAGAGAGGUCCCAGUGUAUUUGGGGAAGGCUAUAAGCUUAGACUGUGUAGCCUCUGGCAAGCCCCAGGCUCAGAUCUCCUGGAUUCUUCCAGACAGGACCUUUGUGCGUGAUGUGGGAGCUCUUGACAGGUCAGCCUCUCUGCUGGCUAACGGCACCCUGAGGAUCCAAUCAGCUAACUUCUCCAGUAAAGGCGACUAUAGGUGUAUCGCUAGCAAUGCGGCCGGGGCUGACACAGUGACUUUUCACAUCCACGUGGCAGCGCUACCGCCCACCAUCAACGAGGAGGCCUCGGAGAGCAUCGUCAUCCAGGAAGGGAGAAGUGUGUACGUCCACUGCACUGCCAAGGGAGAGCCUGCGCCCGUGCUAAAGUGGAGCCUUCCUGCAGGGGUACAUGUCAAACCCUCCCAGUUCCUCGGCAGGAGACUGUUUGUCUUUCCCAAUGGGACGCUGUACAUUAAGAACAUUUCUCCGGAAGACUCGGGGAGGUAUGAGUGCUCUGUGACCAACGCAGUGGGCGCGGCCAGGAGAGUUCUGUACCUGAAGGCCAGGCAGGAGGUCCCCAGCCUGCGACUGUCACACCACCCCUCCCAACAGCACAGAGUCACAGCCAUGUAUGGCUCCACUGUGUACCUGCACUGUCCAGAGUCCACUGGCUCUCCCCGUGGCACUCUGUGGCAGCUACCGUCCAAAACAUUGCUGGAACAUCGCUACAGCCCUGAGAGACCUGUCACCGUGUUCUCCAAUGGGACCUUACGGAUCCUUCAGCUGACUGAAAAAGACGGAGGUAGCUACCUGUGUAUGUUCCAGAGGCCCAACGGUGAGGACAUGGAGCUGUUCCAGGUGCAGGUGCUCAUGAUGCCACCUAAGAUCGAACAUCUGGCCACAGCUCAGAAGAGGGUGACCUCCGGGGAGAACUUCCAGGUGGACUGUGUUGCCUCAGGUCUCCCUGACCCAGAGGUGUCCUGGAGCCUCCCUGAUGGAACCAUGAUCAACAACGCCCUACAGUCGGACGACAGCGGCACCCGUUCUCGCCGCUACGUCAUCUUCGGGAAUGGAACACUGUUGCUGCAGCAGAUGGGAAAGAAGGAUGAGGGGGACUAUACAUGCCAUGCUAAGAAUGAACUGGGGGAGGAUGAGAUGAAGGUGAGCGUCAAAGUAGGCCCUGACUUCCCCCGAAUCACAUCCAAGGCUCAGCUGUUGCUCACGGCCCGACUAGGAGAGUCUGCCUAUAUGACAUGUCAGGCGACUGGGGAGCCUCCACCAACCAUUGUGUGGCUCUCCCCAAGCAAUGACGUCAUCGCAUCCUCUUCAACCAAAUACCAAAUCUUAGAUGAUGGGACUUUGGUAAUAAAGAAGGUGACUUUGGCCGACCAAGGGAAGUAUGCUUGUGUGGCAAGGAGUUCUGCUGGGGAUGACAUCAAGAACAUUAAGAUACAAGUAGAACCAAGAGAGCCACACAUCAAUGAACAAGGUGGAAGAAGCAGUAUGAAAUUGUUGGCAGUAUCUUAUCAGACAACACUGCUCGACUGCAGAGCGGAGGGCAAGCCUGAGCCACGCGUUUCCUGGGCCGCACCCUACGGCCUCUCUCUGCCAACGCCUUACCUGGGAGGACGCUUCCAAGUCCACAAGAAUGGGAGUCUAGAGCUACGUGGAGUGAGGAAGACAGACGAGGGUCAGUAUGUGUGUUUGGCCAAAAAUCACUUGGGAGAAGCAAGCCUGGCAAUUGAUCUUCAAGUGGCAUCCAUAGCAGAGAAGCCAAGCUUCGCCAUGCCGAACAUUGAGAUUUUACCAAUAAAACAAGAUGGAAGUGAUGUCACUCUGGAGUGUCCUGCCCGCGGUAAGCCAAACCCAGAGUUUGUUUGGAUCCUGCCAAAUGGCACAGCGCUGAUGCCAGGCACUAGACAUCAACACUUCACUCACUAUAGAGGAAACGGGACGUUGCGCAUCGCCCAGACAGUGACAGCUGACAAAGGGGUUUACCGUUGUCUGGCGAAAAACGUGGCUGGGACUGCAGAGAAGCGAUAUGCUCUAGAACCAGGAAGAAAGCCUGUGAUUCGAGGCACAACAGGGGUCAUGAAGAUCACGUUUGGCCAAAUUCUGAACCUGCCGUGCUCUGUGGAUGGCUGGCCACAGGCCUCAAUCACAUGGACCCUACCAAACAGCCUGGUCCUGGACAAGCCCCAGGUUGUUGGGAGAAUUACAUUUUUAUCAAACGGCACGCUUCAACUCAAAGAGGUCGCCACAUUUGACAGGGGAACCUACGUCUGUAAGGCCACCAACACAUUUGGGUCAUCUGCGUUGUCAUACCCAGUUGCAGUUAUGGUGUAUCCUCCAAGUAUCACAAACGCACCCCCUUCCAUCACUAGAGUCCACAGAGGUUCAUCAGUAACACUUAACUGCAUCGCUGCAGGCAUACCAAAGCCUGAAAUAACAUGGACUCUACCUGGAAGAACGACACUUGUUCCCAACAACCGUUUCACGGCACAGGGAGGAAUUCACAUGACGGUUGAGGGCAGCUUGGUCAUACAAGACCCAGUGCUUAUGAACUCAGGGAUUUACAAAUGCAAUGCAAAAAAUGCUCUAGGAAGUGACUUCAAAGCAACAUAUCUUCAGGUGAUCUGAGCCACAACCAAACAGAAGUGCCUAAUCUAAUUUGACAAUUACACUUGAAUGUAAAACUUAAUCCUCUAGAAUGCCAUAUGUACAGUGUAAUUAUGUAACCUUACCAUUAAUGUGCAUAUUAUAAGAGAAAAAUAGUGUGAACUCUAAUAUCACUAACAAGGAAAGGAGAAAAAGGUCUGCUUUAAUUGUUGGCAGAAAUAUAAGCAUAUAAAAACUUAACAGAUGUGAUUUAGGGAAUGCUCUCUUUUCUUUGAAUUUAUAAAUAUUCCUGUAUGUAAAUAUCUAAGUAUACUGUGUUGACUGAACUCACAUUGUUGGUUAAUCUAUAUGCCUUUUUUACUAAGAUACAGCUUGCAGGUGCCUAGUGUUACUUCUGACAAUAGAAAAAAUAAAAGUGAAUCACUUACACAGGAA